AUGGGCAAUGACGACUUACAACGAGAUUUCGUUGUUAAGAGCCUGCGGCCGGAACAGCGGCACGUAUUCUUGCAGCCGAGCGAUGCGCUGCCGACGGGGUCAUUGAAUGUGGUCAAGGACACCCUGGAAGGAUUCGCUACGGAGGUUGGCGAGGAGCAGGAAAUCAGACUGAAAGAGACCCGGAAGAGGAAAAGAGAAGGGUGGCCGAGGAAGGAGGAGAUUGAUGUGCUGAAGCUGCGAAAGGUGUAUGUCGAUGGAUUCGAGACGGAUCAAGUGUGGCAGCAGGCGAGAAGAAUAAUUGGAAGUGUGCUGAAGUUUUCGGGAGGGUUGUUGGAUGAAUUGGAAGAAGAGGGCGAGGUAGUAGGCGCAAAGCAAGAUGAUGCUGAGGAUGAGGAGUUGGAGGACGAAGAAGAGGACGAGGAGGAGGAAGGAUCAGAGGAGGAUCUCGACGCGGAAUUGUCUGAGGAUCAAUUAGAAGAAGAUCUGGAAGACGAAGACGAGCUCGAAGAAGAUCUUGAAGAAGAAUUGGAGAAUGGUCUCGACGAUGAACUAGACGAGGAAGAGGAUGAGGAUGAGGAUGAGGAGGAUGAGGAGGAUGGCCAGGAGCUUGUCGAAGAUCCAGAUGGCCUCAACGACGGCUUCUUUAACAUUGAUGAGUUCAACCGACAGUCACAAUACUUUGAAGAGCAGGACGCAAAAGGAGACCCCAAUACCGAUCGGAACAGCGAUGACGAAGAUAUAGACUGGGAUGCAGACCCAACAUUACAGUCAAAGCCUGGGUCCAAGAAAUCAUCCAAUCACAACUUGGAAGAUGAUGACGAAAACCCGCUACAAGAUGAGGAUGAGGAAGAUGACGAUGACGAGGAUGGUCCAACAUUUGGUGAUAUGGCUCUCGACGCACCGGAAGGCGACAGUGAGGAUGAAGCUAUGGACGAUGAGGCCAUGGAUGACGAAGGCAUGGAUAUGAACGCAAACGGGGUCUUCUACAGAGAUUUCUUUGCGCCACCCGCCAAGAAGGGCAGGCCUGGCAAGCCAAAGAAGAGCGUUCACUUCAAGCCGAUACAACCUGCCGAUGAGGAUGUCGACAGAGCCAUGGCCGAUGUGCGCCGAGAUCUCUUCGACGACGAGUCCGACAACGACUCAGAAGACGCCCUGUCCGACGUCUCAGCGGGCGAUCCCAAGUCCCGACGAUCCGCGCACGAGCGAAGGCAAGCCAAGCUGGCCGAGGAGAUUCGCAAGCUCGAGGCCGCCUCCGUCGCAAAGCGCGAGUGGACGCUCUCUGGUGAAGCCGCCGCCGUGGACCGGCCGGUCAACUCCCUCCUGGAAGAGGAUCUCGAAUUCGAGCACGUCGGCAAGCCCGUUCCCGUCAUCACGCCGGAAGUGACUGAGGGCAUUGAGGACAUGAUCAAGCGACGAAUCUUGGCCCAGCAGUUUGACGAGGUCCUGCGCCGACGGCCGGAUGUCGAUGGCGUGCCCAACGGAACCCGCCGUGGCAUGAUUGAGCUCGACGACAGCAAGCCCAACAAGAGCCUUGCGGAGGUGUACGAGGAGGAGCACGUCAAGAACGCCAACCCGGAUGCCUACGUCAGCCAGUCCGACGAGAAACUGCAGCGCGAAGAAAAGGAGAUCCAGGCAAUGUGGGGCGAUCUCUCCAGCAAGCUCGACGCCCUCAGCAGCUGGCAAUACAGACCCAAGCCCAGCGCGCCCACCGUCUCCGUCGUUUCCGACGUCGCCGCCGUCGCCAUGGAGGACGCCCAGCCGACAACCGCCUCCGCCAUCACCGGCGAGUCCAGCCGCAUGGCUCCUCAGGAGGUCUACAAGGCCGGCGCCGCCACCGCCGAGCAGGGCGAGGUUGUCACCAGCGGCGGCCUGCCCCUCGCGCGCCAGGAAAUGUCCCGCGAGGACAAGCUGCGCCGCCGCCGUCGCGAAAAGGAGCGCAUGCGCAAGGCGGGCGGCGCGGAUGCCGCUGCUGCUGCUGCUGGUUCUACCAACGGCAGCGGUGGUGCGAAGAAGAAGCCGCUGUCUGCAAAGGCCAAGAUGCAGCGCGAGACGAUUGCGGAUCUGAAGAAGGGCGGCGUCAAGGUGAUUAAUCGCAAGGGCGAGAUUACGGACGUGGAGGGCAAGAAGACAAAGGUGACGGCCAAGAUUGCCUCGGGAGGAAGCUUCAAGCUGUAGUCGGGGUUAUGAAAUCGAAGUUGAAAAAAUGAAAUAGCGAGGGGAUUUUAAGAGGGAGGGGAGCAUGGAUAAUUAUUUUGCAUCUCUGUAUAUUUAUAUGAGCUUUUUGAAAGAGCCAUUCUUUCUAGAACACUUUUUUUGUUUCUCCAUCAUUAUCAGCUGCUGUUAAUGUUUUGUUUCUUUUAAAAAGUUC